UUACAAAUUGAUAAAUGCGAAUUCUUGCGAAAAGAAGUAGCAUAUCUGGGACAUAUUGUCACGCCAGAAGGUGUAAAACCGAACCCAGAUAAAAUUUUAGCAAUUCAAAAAUUUCCAAUACCAAAAAAUUCAAAACAAUUAAAAGGUUUCCUUGGACUCCUAGGAUAUUACCGAAAAUUUAUAAAAGAUUUUUCAAAAUUAACUAAACCAUUAACUAUUAGAUUGAAAAAAGAUGCAAUUAUUAAUGUAAACGAUUCAGAUUACGUCGAAUGCUUUGAAAUGUGUAAAAAUAUGUUGAUGAAUGAACCAAUACUUCAAUAUCCAGAUUUUACAAAACCCUUUAACCUUACCACAGAUGCCAGCAAUUAUGCUUUAGGUGCUGUUCUAAGUCAAGGCAAAAUAGGCUCUGAUUUACCUGUGGCUUACGCCAGCAGAACCCUAAAUGAUUCAGAAUGCAACUAUUCUGUAAUCGAGAAAGAACUUCUUACCAUAGUUUGGGCAACCAAAUACUUCCGCCCCUAUCUUUUUGGCAGAAAAUUUACAAUAGUUACCGAUCAUAAACCACUCCAGUGGUUAUUCUCACUUAAAGAUCCAAGUUCAAAACUUGUUAGAUGGCGCUUGAAACUUGAGGAAUAUGAUUAUGAUAUUGUAUACAAAAAGGGUGCUUUAAAUACCAAUAGCGAUUGUUUAUCCCGAAUUCAAAUAAAUAUCAAUGAAACUGAAUUACAAGAACCUCAAUGUUCUAAAAAAUUACUAGUUUAUAUGGACAAAUUUAAUAAAAAACUCUCAUCAACUCCCGACGAUAAUGUAUCGCUAAUAGUUGAAACAGAUAACGAAAGUAAUAAUAAUGAGAAUGACGACGAAGAUAUAACUGUUCAUACAAAUGAGGAAAAUCCUGUAAUUGGUAUACCAAUUUCAGAUUCAGCGAUAAAUGUUGGUAAAAAUCAAUUAAUAUUUUCGGAAGUAAAUUUCGAACCAGCCGUACCUACUAUUAUGAAACUAUAUGAAAAUAAACAAAGAAUUGUUGUGCAAUUAUCUAAAAACAAUUUUGAGCAAGAUGUCAUUAAUUUCGUAAAAGAAUACAUAGUACCAAAAACUAAAUAUUUUAUUUAUUUCGAAGACCCAAUUUAUGAAAAAUUCAGUGUCGUUCUACAAAAUCACUUUCAAGAUUCUCAAAUUGAGUUUACAGUAAUAACAAAUUUAAACAAGAAAAAUGGAAAAAGGAAUGACACUCAGAGAUGGAAACAAAUAAGAGCAGAAGGAGAAUCAGAUGAAGAAGAAAGGAGACAUGGAAUGGGUGAUUUCCAAAUUAUGAUAAAAAAAAUGGAUGAAUCUAAAGAACGAGAAAUGAAUACAAAUAGUCAAAGAAUGGAAGAGAAAAUAGAAGAUAUGAGAAAACAAUUGGAAGAAGUAAGAAGCUAUGCUGAAAACAAAAUACAAGAGACAAAACAAGAAAUUCCAGAUGAAAUGUUAGGAAGAUUAAUGGAAGGAAAAGAAUUUAAUUUACAAGUAUUAAUUGCUCCAGAUAUUGAGACAGAAAUAAUAAUAGGAUAUGAUGAGCUAGAAAAACAUAAAGCCAUAAUAGAUAUUGAAGAAAGAAGAUUAAAAUUGGAUGGAACAUGGAUUAACUUUGAAAUAAUAGCUUUGAAUGAAGAAGGUAAAGUAGUUAAUAAUAUGUACAAGGAAGAAUUGAAAAAAAAUUAUGAUGAUGAAGAAGAAGGGGAAGAUGAAGAAAAUAGAAUUGCGAAAGAUUAUGUACAUAAAAUAGAAGUCAAUGAAGAUAUUAAGAAUUUCAAAGCUAAAACUUAUCCUAUUCCAUACAAGUAUAAAGAUCAAGUGAGAAAAUGUAUAAAAGAACUAUUGGAAAAUAAAAUAAUAGAAAGAAGCAACUCACAAUACAUUAAUCCUAUUGUUGUGAUAUUAAAAAAGAAUGGAGAAUUGAGACUUUGUUUAGAUGCAAGAAAUAUAAAGAAGAAUUAA